AUGUUUGCGAAAGAUCCAGAGGCGGCUUCGCGCCGACAUUACCAAAUCCAUAACACUAUUAAGAGGUGGAAGACUUGCGAUGCGAGAGUUGACCUUUCACCGCCGCCGGAAUUUACCGAUCUUCAAACUACAUUUCAGAAUAUACUGUUCGAACGCAAAGUGAAACCCUUGGACAUCCCCGGAUAUGUUAAGAUGCUCCAGAACGCAGAAGAACGACGGGCAGCUACUGCUUGUGCAGAUAUAUUCGAGAAGAUGGAUAAAGAGCUCUUUUUCGGAUUGUGUCAAGACCUUGGCCCUCGCCUUUGCCAAAAGUGGUUCAACGAAUUGCAAGUCAUCAAUCAACUCCCAGAAGACACCACGCCGUCAAAUAAUGACACCCAAUUGAGUUCUGAACAGACCGCCGACGGUCUCCAUUGUAUUAGAGAGUCUCCUGCACCACAAUAUGGAGAAAAGGAACCGUGGAAGACAUUCACUCAUACAUUUGUCUGCAAUCCUUCGACUGCUGAAGAUGAAUCUUCCCAGGUAGCACAGCUCAUCAGUUCUCAACCAGACGAGAUUGAAUAUACUGAUGAAUUGGACUGUGAACCACGUACGUCGCGUGUCCACCCCCACACAAAAGGACAAGAAGACGGCACUCAACGAUCAAACAAGCGUCGUUGCAUGCGAAAACCCCGAGACACGCAAGUUGAACCUGAUGAUCAGUAUUCUUCCGACCAAUCAAACGACACAGCGCCAUUCACCGACGACGAUUCAGAAGCGUGCACCGAGUUCUGUGGCGACAAGAAUAUCGAGAACGACUUCCAUGGGGUUAGCAAAGACCAGGUACAUCAAUCCACCUAGCAAACUUCAUAUCGGCUCUUCGAAUUUGCAAAUUGUCACUCUUUUAUCGAAGGAUUCAACCUUGGUCACUCUUUUUUUCUUCUCUUUCUUUUCA